AUGAAUCAAAGCAAUCACGAUCAUAAUACACUAUCCUCAAAUACUGAUCUUCACUCAAAUGGAAAUAGCGACAAUCCACCUGGCAGACCUUCUGGACCAAUAGCUUCACCUCAUUCGGAGCCAAUCGCGGUGGAGAAAAGCGACUCGCUAGACAAGGCAGUGGAUCUUCAAUUGAAUCAUUCCAGCAACAAUACAUUUGGAUAUGAUAGUCUUCAAAUUGAAAAGUCUUCUCAAUCAAGGCGCGAACUCACCUGUGAUACCACUACUGAAACAAACGAAGAGGACCCCGCAUUUAUCUCUGCUCAAUUACAAUGUGAGAUUUCCAAAGCGCAGCAGUCUCUUGCUGAUUACGACUCAUCCGAUAUGGAGAUGGAAGACAAAACCUCUCUUAGUCAAAAUCCUUCUCACAAUCAUCUUUGCAUGGAAGCUAGAAAAGAUAUCAAUAAUGAACUCCAGUCCGAGUCAGCCAGACAUUCAAAUCCAAACGAUCCCAAGAAUACAAUCAAAGAAUCAUCUCAAUCCGCUUCUUGCACUUCAUCAAACCCCAUUUUACCCUCGACAACUACAACUUCCGCUGAAGAUCCAUGUAUCUUACCUAUUGCCUCAUCUGAAAGCACUUCAGACAACAGAGAAAUGCUGAACUCAGCCAACAGCACAAAUCCAGACAAUAUCCAGAAUCCAAUUGGAGGGGACUCUCACUUUGAGUCACCCACACCCCUGAACAAAUUUUCACUCUCAACCAAUGCACCCAUCCCAGAUAACUCUUCUGACUUAUCACCCAUUUCCUCUCAGAGCACCUCAGGAAAUGAACAAAUCAAUCUGAAUCCGCGGCUAGAUUCAACUAAGAAUUCAAAUUCUCCUGCUUUUUCAGAAAAUUCAGCCCACUUGACUGUCAAUUCAUUUCGAAGUGCUGCAGAUGAAGUAUCCGAUGUAAAUGGUAUACUCACGAUAGAAGUCCAUCCCUUGAUUGAUUCCAGUAAAGGAAAAUCAGAAGAAGCACAGCCUCAAAAUUCAGCUACCUCAACUGUCAAUUCAUUUCAAAAUGCUGCAGACGAAGCCUCAGAUGCAAAUGGUUUACCCACGAUAGAAUGCCAUCCCGUGAUUGAUUCUAGUCAAGAAGAAGCAGAAGAAUCACAGCCUCAGCCGAAUCGCAAACAAACACUUUCCUCUGGAAUCUCCAGGCCUAGCAAGAUUGUUCAAUCAAGAGUGGAAACUUCCAAUGGUUUGAUACACACAGAAGAUCAUCACUCUGACACCAAGGCCUUGCGGGCAUCCACAGCACUUCCAGUAUAUUCUAAACUUAUUGCCGCUUUAGAAGAGGCAAAGAACUCAAAUUGCUUGACUGAUCCAAUCGAAAAGGAUCUCGAAAACCUGACCCUUAGGUGUAAAGUUACUGGUAAUGCAAUAAUACAAAACAAACCUCUUCCUCCGGCGGACAAACUUUGGAUAAUUAUUGAUGACGAGGACGAGGACCUUGGCGCAAAAUAUCAAUUUUCACUACAACCUCUGGAUUCCAAGGGAAGGCAUUCACCAGAAAAAUCCGACUGCAGUCCUAGUACCAGCGACAAUAUUUUACCGAUCCAGAUGAACAAUGAAGUCAUCAAGAACCUAGAUUUGACUAAGAAUAGGAAUGCACUGGUUGAAAAAACUCAAGUCAAGACAAGGAAAGAUUCAAUUAGUAAAGAAGAAUUUAUGCUGUCGUCUAAAUUUUCCUCUGACCUCGAUUGUGAAGAGCAAGAAAACCACACCAAGUUAGCUAAAUCUCAGCAAGAAAUCAAGCAAUCAGAGAAUCUCGCCUCACAUUCCCCUAGGUCUCAAACAUCAAAUGACAAAUUGCAGGCAAAAGUACGAAUUUUCGCGGUCUCAGAAUCUAUCUCUAAUGUCAACUCUGAAGAGGAAAACCCAGAGCGAGAGAGGCCUGCUAGAGCCCCUGACUCUCACCAAAAAAUUGAUCAAUCACAAAACGGCUCCACUCAAUCGACUGAGUCUCAAGCUCGGAAUGAAACACAAAGGACUAGAUCACAUGACCAAACUCCAAUAUCAAAUACUCCUGUCUGCAAUCCCUGCGCUGAAUCUGAGAAAUCAACCGAUCAGAUACAAUCCCCAGUCGGUCAAAUCAAUCUUCCAGUCAGUGUAGCUCAUAAGAAGGAAUUGCGAAAGAGGCAAGCAACAACGGUAGAAGGGGGUUCGGCAGAUUUGACAGAUAGUGACACAAGUCUUGUGAGCACAAAAAAAGUGACGAGGAAGAGCAAAGAAAGAAACUCUGGAAAGGUGUGUUCCAAAGAAAAGGUCGGAGAAGGUGAAGUUACCAAGCAGGCUGUUGGCAUGAAGAGAAGAAAAAUUGUGGGGGGCAAUGAGAGUCUGGUUGUCUUUAUUUUUUUUAUAGGAUCAUCUCAAACAGAAAAAGAGCUUUCCCAGCUUCUAUCGCCAUAUGGUACCCAUCAAACUAGCAGGAAUUCGAAAUUGGCAGCUUGGGACGCCUUGAAUGCUUUAUUGGAAAGACGAAGGGUCGGAGAACCCUUGAAUCAAGUCUUCCUGGAUUCCAUUGAUGGUGGCACCAGCAAUGUGGUAAUAAGGACUGAAUACAACGCACAAAAUUGGUUUGAAGCUAUUAACAAAGAAAUCCUCAAUGGGAAUGUAGUGCCGCAGCUAUUUAACUGUCACAAGGGCGAGCCCGCUUAUGCAGCCGGGUUCUUCAACACUUUAUUUGUGAAGUCCGAAUCACUAACAGAGAAAGUGCCCGAUAAUGUGCCGGAAGUGUGGCAUCAGACAUGGCGAUCAAUGCGGAUGUCCCUCCGGCCUUCACCAACUCGAGUUUCUGCUUUCCUGAAGGUACUCCUGGACUCAGUCCUUCUUACCGGUAAAACAUUUUUGAAAAAUCCCCCUGUAUCAGAUCAGGAGAAAGCAAUGACCGGUGUACAAGCAGUCUGUCAGGCGCUCAAAUGGCUGAAUUCACAAAAGACGUCAAAAGGUUCAAAGAACAAAACUAUCCGCCUUCUUGAUUCAGAUAACGCCGACUCCUUAGUUGAUAUCGGUCUUAUACAACAAUGGCAAUCCCUUUUCAUCAAAGUUGUGGAAUCUUAUGUAGCUCUAUAUUUCGAAGUCAAUUAUAUACUCAAAGAAGAUGCAAGUCCUGACGAUAAAGCAGUAGCUUUGAAGUUCAAGAAAGACUGGAAGGGCAAUUCGAUCAAAUCACCUACCCUCAGUUACCUCACGAUGUUUGCUUGUUGCGGUAUCCGAGGGCUCAUUUGUUGCUCAGGAGAUGUGAAUGUCACUCCAGCGGGACAAAUGAUGAGUUUUGCAGUGCUCUCAGAGUGGAUGUGUAAGCAGAGGAAGGAUUUCAAGGUGAUAGAACCGAUUUUCAAAAGGAGUAAUCAAACUCUUAUGAAGUUGAUGGAUGGACUCUUUGACGAGGAGAGCCAUUUUAUAAUGCCUGAGAUCACAUGGCGGCUCACUUACAAAAGGCAAUAG